GUUGACUGGAACGCCAGUAGGAAGUCCCGCCUUCAAACAAAAAAAAAGUGUAGGUCAUAGCUGCUGCGUUAGCUCGAGAUUGGAGGUACGUCACACGUAAAAGGAAGAUGCAUGAAUUUAAUUGGAGGGCUUUAGACAACUUCCCUGUACUGCUGUAUAUUCUAGCAGCCAAGACGCUGCUCCUCUGCUUGGGCUUCGCAGCUACAAAGAUGUAUCAGAGCAGGAAAGCAGAGGCGGCUUUGAAGAAGCAACAGGAGCAGAAGAGACUGGCUGCAGCAGCAACAGCAGAGCACGAAGAGAAGGCAGACACUGACAAGAAAGAGGAUUGAGCCCCUGCUGAGGUGGGAGUGCCUUGUGUUGCUGUCGCACUAGAGAGCUCCUCUGCAAGGAAGGGAAGAAGAUUGUGAGCCCUGCAGACUGGCUCUGGCAUUUAAACUGCUCAUCAAGAUGCUGAUGGUUUCUCAAAGUGUUUUUAACCCAACUUCAAGUGCUGGCAUUUUAAUAAAUGUGUGUUGAAUUGUA